AUGUCUACAGACGAUUCUCCCUAUAAGCAAGCAUUCUCUCUUUUUGACCGUCAUGGAACUGGCAGCAUUCCCAAAAGCUCGAUCGGUGAUUUAUUGCGCGCCUGUGGUCAAAACCCUACUUUGGCUGAAAUAACUGAAAUUGAAUCGACUCUUCCCGCCGAAGUUGGUAUGGAUCAAUUUCUCCAAGUCUUAAAUCGUCCCAAUGGUUUUGAUAUGCCCGGUGAUCCUGAGGAAUUCGUCAAGGGAUUCCAAGUAUUCGACAAGGAUGCCACUGGCAUGAUUGGUGUUGGUGAAUUGCGUUAUGUUUUAACUUCUUUGGGCGAAAAACUCACAAAUGAGGAAAUGGAUGAGCUCUUAAAGGGUGUUCCAGUCAAAGAGGGAAUGGUUAACUAUCAUGAUUUUGUCCAAAUGAUUCUUGCCAAUUAA